AACUUUACCUCAGUAGGUGACGCUGUCUGGGGGAGAGCCGCAAGCAAGCCGCGUGUGUGUUGCGGGGCCGAGCGUGUAGCGUCAGGACGACACCGGGCGCAAGCCCCGCCCAGCUAUCAUAGAGUGCAAGGAUAAAGUCAAAGUUGCUCAACCCGGAGGCCAGUGGACUCAGUCCCUGGCACCAGCACCAUGCCCAUGACACUGGGUUACUGGGACAUCCGUGGGCUGGCUCAUGCCAUUCGCUUGCUCCUGGAAUACACAGACUCAAGCUAUGAGGAGAAGAGAUACACCAUGGGCGACGCUCCUGACUAUGACAGAAGCCAGUGGCUGAGUGAGAAAUUCAACCUGGGUCUGGAUUUUCCCAAUCUGCCCUACUUACUAGAUGGAUCAAACAAGAUCACCCAGAGCAAUGCCAUCCUGCGCUACAUUGCCCGCAAGCACAACCUGUGUGGAGAGACAGAGGAGGAAAAGAUUCGUGUGGACAUUUUGGAGAACCAGGCUAUGGAUGUCUCCAAUCAGCUGGCUAGAGUCUGUUACAGCCCAGACUUUGAGAAACUGAAGGCAGAGUACUUGGAGCAGCUCCCUGGAAUGAUGAAGCUCUUCUCACAGUUCCUGGGGAAGCAGACAUGGUUUGUUGGUGAAAAGAUUACUUUUGUGGAUUUCCUUGCUUAUGAUAUCCUGGACCUGCACCUUAUAUUCGAACCCAAGUGUCUGGACACAUUCCCAAACCUGAAGGAUUUUGUGGCCCGCUUUGAGGGACUGAAGAAGAUCUCUGCCUACAUGAAGAGUAGCCGCUUCCUCCGCACACCUCUGUAUACAAGGGUGGCCACAUGGGGCAAUAAGUAGGGCCUUGGCAGGGCAGGAGGUGAGAAUGAGGAACCUGGGGCUCUGGGACUGUUGAACUUCCUGUAGCCCUGGCACUUCCUUCCAUCCCCUUCCUGACCCCAGAAUGUCAUGGGUCCUCUUUUCUUUCACCCAGUCCCUACCCUUUCAAGCCCUUUAAAGCCUAGGCUCCUAGUUUUCCUUCAGCAAAGUGCCUAUCUAGCAUGACUGUCCUGCAGCCACUUGACAGUCUUGCCUGUCAAUUGCUGUGAUAUCAAGAAGAGUUGGGACUCUCUCUCAGAGCCUGGGCUCCCCAUGACUGCCAAGAGUCUAGAGAUGCCUGAUGUAUGAGGUUACUGCCAGGCCAUGUCAGGUACCUACUGUUAGGCCUGAACCACACUGGCCCUGGCUGCUGCACUGCCUGUUUUUAGGUUUUCACGGCUACCUCCAGAGACUGCCUUGAGACCUGGGAUUCUGGUUGGAUAAGCAGGGGUUUGGGACUUCCUGACCCCAUCUGAUAGCCUCACAGCAGGCAGCUGCUGAAGGCUCAAAGGGAGCCUUUUGGGACUUGGGAUCUCCUGUAUUCUAGCAUUACUGAGGCUUAUCAUACAGGUCUCGGGUGAGGACCCAGGCUGGUGGGAGUCCCCAGGAGUAAGCCAGAAUCCUCUAUGCCUCCAGUUAGUAUGGCUGCAUUAUAUCUGUGUGUCUCCAGGAUCCUGUCCUCCAUCUCUGAUGCCUUUGGAGUAUCCUGUCCUGGUCACCAGAGAUGGGGACCACCUUGGUUAAUCCCUUCUCUCUGUGAGGCCCUGUGAAAUAAAUUUCUUCAUGCUUUCAUAG